AUGGCCGCCAAGGACGAUGUCGAUGUGUCAGUCGACAACAAGCCCGGCCAGCAGCAACCUUCCGAAGAUGGAACCCCUAAGCAGGCGGCCCAGAACGAGAGGCAAGCAGUAUGGGGUGACUACUUCCGCGUCUUCACAUACGCGAAGAAGUGGGACUUUGUCCUGAUGUUUGGCGCUGCGGUGGCUUCGUUGGCGGCUGGUGUUACCACGCCUCUCAUGAACGUAAUAUUCGGCCGCCUGGUUGGUAACUUCACCUCGUUUGGCACACCGGGAUCAAGCACCACUCGGGCCAACUUCGAGCGGACACUCAACUUCCAAUGUCUUCUGAUGUUUGUUCUGUUCAUCGUGCGCUUCACCUGCAACUAUGUGUCCAAGUUCUGUUUCCGCCUAAUCGGGAUUCGGCUCUCUGCGGCCAUCCGCCUCCACUACCUUUCCCUUGCUGCGAUUGUGGUAGCCUUCACCUACUCAUGGCAGGUUACGCUUGUGACGUCCAGUGUGGUCCUCUUUAUCGGCCUGUGUGUUGGGAUUCUCCUGCCAUUCAUAAUCAAGGGGACCAGCCGCUCGACUGUAGCCGAGACAAAAGCCGGAGCCGUCGCGACUGAGGCAUUCUCGGGCAUAAGAAUGGUCUAUGCCUGCGGCGCUCAAAAGAAGAUGGGAGACACAUACAGCUCCUGGGUCGUCGAGGCCAAGAAGCAUGGCAUGUAUACGUCACCCUUCGUGGGCCUGAACUUCGCGUUGGUGUUCUUCGGGCUCUAUAGCGCGUUUGCUCUGUGCUUUUGGUACGGGACUAGGGCUUUCACGCAAGGCAUCGUAGACGGUAUAGGCUCCAUCGUGAUCGUCUUAUUCUCCGUCUUCCUCAUGGCGAUCUCGCUUGAGAGAAUGUCGGGUCCGUUGAUUGCAGCAAGCAAGGCUACCGUAGCAGCCGCAAGCUUCUUCGCCGUCAUCGACGCACCGCAGCCGGACAAGGGCACCUUGAAGGAACCGGAUGUGACUGCCGAUGGGGACAUUGUCUUCGAAGAAGUUACGUUUGCCUAUCCCGGUAGGCCGAACACCAAGGUCCUGGAUAACCUCAACCUCACCAUCGAGGCCGGAAAAGUGACGGCGAUUGUCGGGCCUUCGGGAAGCGGGAAAAGUACAGUCGUUGCUUUGGUGGAGCGUUGGUACACUUUGCAUUCACAGGCAGCUAUCAGCAAGGCAAUCGAGAAAAAGGUCGAGAAGGAAGAACCAAAAGUGUCGGACAAGAAGCCAAAAGACAAGAAACUCUUCUGGUCUCGGUCAAAAACAAAAGGCGAGCAAGCUAAAGCUGGGGAUCGGCAAGAACAGGACGCCGUCACAGACACAGCCGUGACGCCUCUCCCGGACGAGCAGGAUUCUGGCGAGCCGGUACCUCUAAGCGGAAGAGUCGUUACCGCAGGACACAAUCUAGACGACAUCGAUGUCAAGUGGUGGCGGUCGCAGAUUGGUCUGGUCCAGCAGGAGCCCUUUCUCUUCAACGACACCAUCUACGCCAACGUGAUGCACGGACUAGUCGGGACAAAAUGGGAGAACGAACCCUUGGAGGCCAAGCAGGAGCUCGUCAGAGACGCAUGCAAGGAGGCCUUUGCAGACGAGUUCAUCGACAGACUGCCCGAUGGCUAUGAGACCCAAGUAGGCGACGCCGGGCUGAAGCUUUCUGGUGGGCAACGACAACGGCUUGCAAUCGCACGCAGCAUCGUGAAGAAGCCCAAGAUUCUCGUCCUGGAUGAGGCAACGUCGGCUAUCGACGUCCGCAGCGAGAAGAUCAUUCAGGCCGCCCUCGACAGGGUGUCCAAGGGCCGCACUACCAUCACGAUAGCCCACAGGCUCUCCACCAUCUCGAAGGCCGACAAGAUUGUCGUGCUACAAAAGGGGAAGCUCAUGGAACAGGGCACGCACGAGAGCCUUUUGAGUAACGAGGCGGGCGUCUACUCCGGGCUUGUCCGAGCACAGAGACUGACCCUAGGCAGGGAGGAAGACGAAGAAGACAGUGACGCCCUGGAGGAUAAAGAGGCAGAAGAGAUCCAGGCCAUCCUGAGCCGGGAGAAAUCGGCCUCCAAGGCCCUCGCCAGCGGAGGCGAGACAGAGCUCGAGACCGCGUGGAUCUUCACGUUCAUCCUCUCGCCAUCCCGGUUUCUUCGCGAAGCCGAGUUCUGGUCACUAAUGUGGUUUGUUGUGGCCAUCGGACUGGGCUUCUGCUAUCUCGUGCUGGGCAUCGUCGCCGUGAACCUGCAGCACUUUAUCUGUGCCGCAUACCGCCAGCAGUACUUCUCGGCAAUGAUCCGGCAGAAGAUGCUUUUCUUCGACGACGAGAACCACUCCGUGGGCACGCUCGCCUCGAGGGUCCAGGGCGACCCGAAACAGCUCGAGGAGUUACUCGGUAUGAACAUGGGGAUGGUGGUCAGCUCUGUCCUCCAGCUUUGCGGCUCUUUGACCAUCGCGUUCGUCUUUGGGUGGAAACUGGCUCUUGUGGCGACAUGCGUGACGGUUCCGAUCGGCCUGGUUUGCGCCUGGUAUCGAUUCAAGUAUGAGAUGGAAUUCGAGAAGCUGUCGGCUGAAGUCUUCUCGGAGUCAAGCAAGUGGGCAGCUGAAGCCAUCGGCGCCUUUCGAUGUGUUUCUUCCCUAACGCUGGAGGAUGUAAUCAUCGAGAGGUACAAGCAGCUGCUCGAUGGCCACGUAGUGUCGGCCUACCGCAAAGCUCGCUGGACGACGCUCAUAUUCGCCCUCUCCGACUCGCUCGCCCUCGCCUGCCAGGCUUUGAUCUUCUGGUAUGGCGGGCGACUGCUGGCCAGCGGUGAAUACCAGGUCCUGAACUUCUUCGUAUGCUUCAUGGCUGUCACGCAAGGAGCUGAACAAGCUGGCGUGGGGUUCUCCUUCGGUCCCAAUGCCGCCCAGGCGAACGCAGCGGCAAACCGCAUAUUGAGUAUCAGGGAGAGCCGGGGUGAGCGAGCAAGUCUGAGAGAUGAUGCCGCUGGCGGUAACAAGAAGACCGAAACGAUUCCGGACAGUGAGAACGGCAUCAAGAUCGAGCUGAAGGAUGUCGGCUUCCGGUACCCAACCCGCCAGGUCCAAGUCUUCAAGCACCUCAACAUCACGGUCGAGAAGGGCCAAUUCGCAGCCCUUGUGGGCGCAUCGGGGGCUGGAAAGUCGAGCACGGUGGCUCUUCUCGAACGGUUCUACGAUGCCCAACAGGGGAGUAUAAUGUGCAACGGGAGGGACAUCACAUCAGUAGAUGUGCACGAGUACAGGAAAAUGUUCUCCCUCGUAGCCCAAGAGGCGUCGCUUUUCCAAGGCACCAUCAGAGAAAACAUUCUCCUCGGAAUACCCGAUUCUUCGACAGUGACUGACACUCAACUUCGCCAAGCGUGCCAAGACGCUGCAAUUCACGACUUCAUUAUAUCAUUACCUGAGGGCUACAAUACAGACGUUGGCUCCCGCGGCGUUGCGCUGUCCGGCGGACAGAAACAACGCGUGAGUAUCGCGAGAGCCAUAAUCCGUGACCCGAAGGUGCUGCUACUUGACGAGGCGACGUCAUCAUUGGACUCGGAGAGCGAGAGGCAGAUAUCCGCUGCGCUCCAGAAGGUAGCCAAAGGGCGAACAACGGUCGCAGUGGCACAUCGACUGUCGACUAUUCAGCACGCAGACGUGAUCUAUGUCCUGGGCGAAGGGAAGGUAUUGGAGGUCGGCACCCAUGCUGACUUGUUGAAGCAGAAGGGCGUGUACUAUACGAUGUGUCAAAGUCAAGCUCUCGAUCGAUGA